CAGAUCGGCUUAAUAAUUGCGUUUGUUUCGGUCGUAGUAGUGACUAGUGUUUUAGACUAGCACUAACAAACGUUAAUAAUGGAUUUCAACCGAAGUGUGUCGAGACCUUUAUCACAACUUGGUUCUAGUUUCAUGGAAAAUGAAGACGAACUUCAAUUAAUGGGUUGGAAUCUUACUCCAGAAGAUCUUACUCACAUACCAGAACAUUGGUUGUCAUACCCAGAAGUUAGAUCACUCUACCAUUAUAUUUUGGCAUUUGCUUAUACAAUUUUAUUUUGUCUCGGUGUAAUUGGAAAUGGUUUGGUGUUAUGGAUAUUUUGUGUAUCAAAACCAUUACGAACACCUUCCAAUUUGUUUGUGCUCAAUUUGGCGAUGUGCGAUUUUUCUAUGGUAUUAGUACUACCGAUCCUCAUUUAUGAUUCAAUAGAUCAUAAAUAUCCAGGCCAUUUACAGUGUCAGAUAUUUGCAUUGUGUGGAUCUAUUAGUGGGAUUGGAGCAGGAGCCACAAACGCUGCGAUUGCUUAUGACAGAUAUAGUACAAUUGCAAAACCAUUUGAAGGUCGUAUGACUUAUGGUAAAGCAUUAAUAUUGAUCAUAUGUAUUUGGAUUUAUGUUUUACCAUGGUGCUUACUUCCCUUAACCGAAAAGUGGAAUCGAUAUGUUCCGGAGGGUUUUUUGACAAGUUGUUCUUUUGACUACUUAACGCCUACCGAGGAGACUAAAGCUUUUGUUGGAACCAUGUUUGUGAUUUGUUACGUGAUUCCCAUGUCUUUUAUAAUAUACUUUUAUUCACAAAUUGUCUGUCACGUGUUUAACCACGAAAAAGCACUUCGUGAACAAGCUAAAAAGAUGAACGUUGAAUCUUUGCGGAGUAAUCAAGAUGCAAACGCUCAAUCAGCGGAAGUAAGAAUUGCUAAAGCCGCAAUUACGAUUUGUUUUCUGUUUGUAGCUGCCUGGACACCAUAUGCAGUGGUCGCUAUGAUCGGUGCUUUUGGAGAUCAAUCUCUACUAACGCCUAUCGCGUCAAUGCUACCAGCGGUGUUUGCCAAGACGGUGGCUUGUUUCGACCCUUAUGUAUACGCAAUCAGUCAUCCUAAAUACAGAUUAGAACUUUCGAAACGUGUCCCAUGCUUGGGUAUUACCGAAAAACCUCCGGCAACGAGCGAUACACAAUCGAUCACUACUGCAGCUUAAUGUAUUUCAUGCUAGUGGACGACUUGAUUUUUCCAAAUUUCAUUGUUUAGAUUUUAAUUAAAAAAAAAAAAAU